UGAUGGUGGUGGUGAUGAUGGUGGUGGUGAUGAUGGUGAUGGUGGUGAUGGUGGUGGUGAUGAUGGUGAUGGUGGUGGUGAUGAUGGUGAUGGUGGUGGUGGUGGUGAUGGUGAUGAUGGUGAUGGUGAUGAUGAUGAUGGUGGUGGUGGUAAUGACGAUGACGAUAUAUGGUGAUGGUGAUGAUGAUGAUGAUGAUGAUGAUGGUGGUGAUGAUGACGAUGACGAUGACGACACCAACACUGGACCUCCACGAGAUAUCCUCUUUAAAUCUUACUAUCUUUUAGGCAUUUGACUUGGACUGUGGUGAGAACUGCAAGAACUUCAAGCUUAGUGCGAACGAGAUUAAAGAGAUCUUAGGAUGCGAGUUAUCCCAAACAGAAUUCGCUGAAGCCUUGGGGAUGCAAGCCACUUCGCCAUUUGUUGAACAAAUGUUCAAGCUGGCAGACAAAGAUUGUAAUGGUUAUAUAUCAUUCAGAGAGUUUCUCGACAUUAUGUUUAUCUUCGCCAAAGGUAAGACUGUGGUAACGAUGAUGGUGUUAUGAUAAUGGUAUGAUGGUGAUGGUGAUGAUGAUGGUGAUGAUGAUAGUGAUGAUAGUGAUGAUGAUGAUGAUGAUAAUGAUGAUGAUGGUAAUAGUAAUCACAGUAGAUACCAACUACCACCAACUUCAACUACUUUCUUCCACCAGGUACACCAGAAGAUAAAUUGAAGCUUUACUUCGAUAUGUACGAUGUGACGGGAGAGGGCAAGCUAGACAGAGAAGCCUUUAAGAAAAUGAUGAGGUAAGUUUUGCUUUGUAAUAACAGCGUAAUGGGGUAGACCUGCGCCUGCAUGGGCAACAUUAAAUGAUGCCGUCCGUAUCAAUAUAGUGUCGAAACUAUAUGAAAUAUGGCCCAAUUUAGAUUAGACAUGGUGUCAUGGUGUCCGUCUUUUUAUAAUUUUGCUGACACCAAGACCGAUGUUCUAUCUUGAUGCGUGUAUAAAUCUCAUCGAUUACUUUCGUAAUUUGCAUUCCGAUCAUUAUUUAUGGCGGGGGUACGUGGCACAGACGAGAAAUUUUAUUCUUUGGUAAAAUUUUUGCUGAUACAGCAAUGUCAAUUUUUUUUAUCGAACUUCAAAUAUCAAUUAAAAAAAUAAAUACCCACCCCUGGCCAAACGUUUUCAAAAAAAAUAGCUAUCACUUGUCACACAUGUCCUAUACCACUUCUGUGGUACGAGUUUGAUCAUUGCUUCUGUCUGCACAUGCAUUUUCUUUCGAGACACCAUUUGCCUCUUUGACAAAUCGGAAAAUGAUCAAGAAAGUGACUCUGAUUAAUUUACGUAUUGUAUCGACAUACGACUGUUGACAUUGCUCUUUAGACUUCAAUAUUUGAGUAAGUCAUGCUUUGGAAAUGACAAUAAAUGUUUAUUACCCAACCCUUUUGUUGUUUUGUUUUUCAUUUACCCAACUUUUUACUCACUCAAAAUUUUGUUUACCCAACCUUUUUUCUUCGGUGCCAUCCCCCCGCCCCCCCCCUCCAUAAAUAAUAACCGGUUCCUAACCACUAGAAAGUUUAAUCAUCAAUGAUAAAGUCCUCAGACAGUAACUAAUAUACUAUAAAAUACUAAAGCAAGCGACAAUUUAUUGUUACAGAUCAUUCAUGGACGUUGUUAGUGCGAGCGUGGAUCCGACAAAUUUGGACGAACUCGUCGACUCUAUGUUUAAAACAGAGGACGGAGAGGAGAAAGAAUUUCUGUAUUUUGAAGAUUUUGGUUCAAUCAUGAUGGACUUGGAUAAAAAAGAUGGCUUGCUGUCUGAUGUGAACAAUGUUUUCAAAGGCAAGAUCUCCGUUCUAUUAUGAAACUGCAAUACUAACGAUGCACUGAUUAAUGUAUGCGUCUUUUACCUCAGUGACUGGGAUUCAAUAUGCCUGACUAUAAUUUCACCUCAGUCACAUGUGAGAAGAAUGCUUCAACUUUAACUCUGGCUCAUAGAAAAACUGGAUCAAUAAGAGAUGAUCCUUACUGGACCUCUAAGGAAAACAAUUUAGAACUGAUAGAGCUAUCCAGUAUAAAUAGAGUUAGUUUAGUUUAGGUUUCCUCCUAUAGUGACACUGGAUCAAUAAGCUAAGAGAUGAAGCUUACAGCACCUCUAGGAAGAACAGUUUAGAACUGAUAGAGCUAUCCAGUAUAAAUAAAGUUAGUUUAGGUUUCACCCUGUAGUGAAACUGGAUCAAUAAGAGACAAUCCUUACUGGACCUUUAAGAAGAACAGUUUAGAACCAUUGAACUAAAAAUAACUGGAACGCUACGUUCAGUAAACUGCGCAUGCAAAUUUUGAAGCCAAAAUUUGACUCCCAUGAAGCCAAAUGAAGCCAGUUUUGACUCCCAGACACGCACUUCCACGCGUGUUUCUACUGCGCGAUUUACUCGCGAGACGAUGCAGGGGGCGCUCGAAGCAUGCCGUUUUGAAUGUUUUCAUGGCAGGAUGCAAAUCGAAAGGGAAACGGGCCUUUUCAAUUUAAAACGGGCUUUUAAAGCCUGUGUACGACCUUGUAGAAUUUAACUUCAAAUUUCCGCUUGAACGUAGCGUUCCAGUUAUUUUUAGUUCAAUGUUUAGAACUGAUAGAACCAUCCAACAUAAAAGAAAUAAGUUUAGUUUAGGUUUCCUCCUGUAGUAACACUGGAUCAAUAAAGGAUGACUCUUAGGAAGAAUAGUUUAGAACUGAUAAAACUAUCCAUCAUAAAUAAAGUUAGUUUAGUUCAGGUUUCCUCCUGUAGUAACACUGGAUCAAUAAAGGAUGACUCUUACUGGACCUCUAAGGAGAAUGAGCUAUCCAUCAUAAUUAUUUUAAGAUUAAUUUAGGUUAGUUUAGAAUCGUGUGUAACUAGGUGAAAUUUUAUUUUCCCAGGAGCGACAGAUACGAUUACUUCAUGCGCGAAGUCGCCGAAACGCAAGUGUGCCAAGAACGCCGGUCGUGCCAAGAACGCCAUGGACACCGAAUCUCUGACGAGAAAGCGAAAAUAUGGAACGGUCGUUAAAAAAGAUAGGUAUGAGAAAGGUAUUAAAAUAGAAUACCAUUAGUUCUUUCAACUAUCUUCAUAUAUAGACAUGGUCAUGUUUGCAUUUGAUUAGAGACGUACACGUGGGGUAAUGGUACUGCGGAUUUAUGACCAUGUUUUUACAUACUAGUUUUGGAUAUACUGGAUAGCUUUAUCAAUUAUAGACUGUUCUUCCUGGUGGUCCAGUAAGGAUCAUGUCUUAUCGAUCCAGUGUUACUACAGGAGAAACCUAAAUUAAACUAACUUUAUUUAUACUCGAUAGCUUUAUCAGUUCUAAACUGUUCUUCGUAGAGAGCCAGUGAGGAUCAUCUCUUAUUUAUUAAUUUAUUUAUUAACUUUACAAUCAUACAAAAAUUAUAACAAUGAUUGAAGGUAUGGUCAACAGGACAUGAGUCCCAUGUAAAGACCAACCUGAUACAAUACAAUAAGUAGACAUACAUUAAAGGCAAGGACUAGAACACUAUUUACAUAGCUAUAUAAAAAUUAAUAGUUUAGAUUAGAUUAUGAGCAACAGCUUAAGUUGAAAGAACGGCAUUUAGAGCAGUAGGUUUUCCAAGUGCGCAUUCUACAGGAGAAAACCUAAACUACACUAACUUUAUUUAUACUGGAUAUCUCUAUCUGUUCUAAACUGUUCUUCCUACAGGUCCAAUAAGGGUCACCCCUUAUUGAUCCAGUGUUACUACAGGAGGAAACCUAUACUGUACUAACUUUAUUUAUACUGGAUAGCUCUAUCAGCUCUAAACUGUUCUUCCUAGAGGUCCAGUAAGGAUCACCUCUUAUUGAUCCAGUGUUACUAUAGGAAGAAACCUUUACUGUACUAACUUUAUUUAUACUGGAUAGCUCUAUCAGUUCUUAUCAAUACUAUUUACUCUCUACCCACAGCAGGCUUGGUGCGACGUCGCCACCUAUAGAAGCAGCUUCGCCUGGUCGCACAGAUUUUACUCUUGCACAGAAAGUCAAUAUUGACUAUUCACCGUAUCUUAUCAGACAAUGGAUAACAUUGACGCGAUACAUAGAAAAUCACAGACAGCAUAUUUUUAUACUCACUUUCUAUACACUGCUGGUCAUUGGAGCGUUCAUAGAGAAAGCCUAUGGUAAGAUGAGAGUCUGGUUAGAUAUGGUGACAAUGAUGGUGACGAUGAACGUGUUGGUAAUGAUGGUAAUGACGUAAUAGUGAUGAUGGUGUUGAUGGUGUUGAUGGUGAUAAUGGUGAUAAUGGUGAUAAUGGUGAUGAUGGUGAUGAUGGUGAUGAUGGUGAUGGUGAUGAUGAUGAUGAUGAUGAAAAUGAUAUGAUGAUGAUGAUGAUGAUAGUGGUGAUGGUGAUAAUGUUGACGGUGAUGGUGAUAAUGAUGAUGGUGAUAAUGAUAUUAGUGAUGAUGAUGAUGAAAAUGAUAUGAUGAUGAUAGUGGUGAUAAUGAUAAUGGUAAUGAUGGUGAUGAUGGUGAUGAUAAUGGUGAUAUUGGUGAUGAUGAUGGUGAUGAUGAUGGUGAUGAUGAAGGUGAUGAUGAUGAUAGUGGUGGUGAUGAUGAGUGGUAAUGAUGAUGGUUAAUUUUUGGUAGCGUAGUAACGAUAUACGACUAUACUCUAUACUAUAAGAAUUCCAAUCCUCUAACUAACAUUAUUCUUAUUUCCACAGCAUACUCAGUGUUAAAAGAGUUCUCAGGUCUACGCCGUGUAGCAGGUUAUGGUGUAAGUGUGAGUCGCGGAGCAGCAGCGGCAAUGACUUUAACAUUCUCAACAUUAUUACUAACAAUGAGUCGAAACACUCUCACAUUCCUACGUGAAACUCAGGCGAUGAACUGGAUUCCGUUCGACUCUGCUAUCGCUUUUCACAAAUAUGUCGCUUUUUUGGCUCUAUUCUUUACAGGUAUGGAUAGUUGACUGCUAGUAAAGUUUAACAGUCGAGAACUUUCUCAUUGAGAAUUAAAAUCAUCUAGUGUUAGACAGAGCAUAUAAUACUAAAGUCAAAAUUGUUCAUAUAUGAUUAAUACGGACGGGAAGAGCUAAUACACUUUUCUCACAAUUUUUUUUCCAUCUAGUUGUGCACACUAUUGGCCAUGCGAUGAAUUUCUAUCACUUUUCAACUCAGUCAGCUACAGCUUUGACCUGUCUUUUCCGAAACGACUUUCAUAGGUUGGUUUAAAUUUCUGUCACUUUUUCUAGGUACUUCGAAUUCCUCGUGUUAUAAAGCUAGAAAAUAAGGUCCUUAUUAGACCUCUAGAAAGAACAGUUUAGAACUGAUAGAAGUAUCCAGUAUAAAUAAAGUUAGUCUAGUUUAGGUUUCCUCCUGUAGGACCUGUAGUAAUUCACUGGAUCAAUAAGAGAUGAUCCUUACUGGACCUCUAGGAUGAACAGUUUAUAACUGAUAGAUAGUUUGUUUCAGUAUCAAUAAAGUUAGUUUGUUUCAUAAGUAAGCUUUGGAUUCAACUGUGAUUAAAAAUACUUUUUCAGGUCCCAUAUUCUACCGAGCUUCACUCAUUACUGUUGGGGAACUGUCACAGGUAUACUACCAACAUGUUGUCCUAUAAUUCAACAACUUUUUAACAUGCAAGGUGUUUAUUUUUUUGGGUGUUUAUUUUCUAAUUGAUAUUUGAGUUUUGGGUAAGCUUUUGUUUGACUUUUAAAUGGUUGGAUCAGCUUUCAGCAACAUUUUACCAAGAAGAACAUUUCUCUUCGGUGCCACCCCCGGCCAUAAAUAAGUGACCGAUCCCUUAAAUCGUGGGCUUAACCUAUUCAACAUCAGAUCUAAUCGCCCUCAUAUUUUCAUUCCCAGGUCUGUCUGGAGUGUUGCUCUGCGUGGUUAUAGCCGUGCUUUAUGUCUUCGCCACACAAUAUUCACGUAGAGUUGUCUUCAAGUUUUUCUGGUGGACGCAUCAACUAUACUUCGCAUUGUACGCGCUCACGAUCAUACAUGGCAGCGGUCACCUUCUCCAGCCGCCUGGAUUUCACGUUUUUCUUAUCGGCCCCGCCGUGUUGUUCACAAUUGAUAAACUUAUCAGCAUGGCAAGAAAGAAAGUCGAGAUUCCUGUGGUGAAAGCCGAGCUGCUACCUUCAGGUUCGUGCUUUUUUUGUUUUUAUUUGUAUUUUUUUCUCUGACCAUAAGCAGCCCAAUAGCUAGGCGUGUUAAUUAAAGGGCAUAUGACUCGAAAAUUGACGGUGUUUUUUUUUAGUCUAAUUGACAACUUGCGUAACAGACAAAAUUUUGAUCUCAACAAGUCUAGACAAAAAUUCCAUUACAGCUUGAAAGAGCAUCACAAAAUUAGUAAUAUUCCAAAGUUGGUCACAUCACAAAAUUAGUAAUAUUCCAAAUGUUGUAAAAUGCGGAUAAUAUAGCCUUGCGAAGUUUGCCGUUUUUCAGUCAUUUAGAUUACAAACGGGAAAUUCACAGACCCAAAGGGUAUUGGCACAGAAUACUACACAGAAGUCCAUCUUCAUUGUUUUUUGCGUAAGCUCUAUUCGUCAUGAUUCGUCACUCAGCAAGUACCGUAAACAGAAGCAGUCAUCCCCCUGGACAUGCGCCAUUUUUAGUAUUUCAAGGGGGGUGACUGCUUCUGUUUACGGUACUUGCUGAGUGACGAAUCAUGACGAAUAGAGCUUACGCUAAAAACAAUGGAGAUGGACUUCUGUGUAGUAUUCUGUGGUAUUGGUCUGUCAAUUUCCCCCGCGUAAUGCAAAAUGACUGAAAAACGGCAAACUUCGCAAGGCUAUAUAUUAUCCGCAUUUUACAACAUUUCGCAACGAAACUUUGGAAUAUUACUAAUUUUGUGAUGCUCUUUCAAGCUGUGAUGAAAUUUUUGCCUAGACUUGUUGCAUGAGGUCAAAAUUUUGUCUAUUACGCAAGUGGUCAAUUUGAAAGAUCAUUGAAGACUGUGUAAUUUCUUUGAUAGAUUUUUGUUUUCUUGCUUCGUUUUGAAGAUAUUUCAUUUUGUAUGAUAUGCAAAGGCCAACUUCUAUGUCACACAUGCAUGCAUGAUGACUUACUUUAAAAUGUUAUAUAAUUUUGUCACUAUCAAAUAAAUUCGCUCAAAACGAAUGAUGAGCACGAGACUUGUCCACAACAACACCCAUGUAUUUUUUCUACCGAUUGUGUUUAGUCGUAUUAAAGAUAUGCAGCUAAAUCAUUAUGCAUAUGUGACGCAGGAAGUUGGUCCUUUGCAUAUAAUACAAAAUGAAAUAUAUUCAAAACGAAGCAAAAGAAGGAACGAGGUUGGAGAACAAAAAUCUAUCAAAGAAGUUACUCUACAGUUUUCAAUGAUCUUUCAAAUUAGACUAAAAAAUAACACCGUCAAUUUUCGACUCAUAUGCCCUUUAAAUAUUUUACUACAACAUCAAGCUUUUAACACUGAAAACUGUUAAAUAUGGCGAAAAUAUAAAGAAAAUGUUUAGAUAUCAAUGCAUUUCUGCAAUUCUGAUUGAUGCACAAUAAUAAGUUAUAGUUAUUGCUAUGGUUGGCAAGAAAAUUAAAUUAAACAUCGCUAUACCUUAAAACUAUCGAAAAAUACUCGAAAUAUUUUAAAAACGUACUAAGCUAAAAUAAUAACAAAAUUUGAAUCUACGAUAGUUUUACUACGUACAUUCUUACAGCUUUUUUACGAAAAAAGAAUGAAUUCCUAAAACGAAAAAAAUACGAAAAAUUUUCGGCAAUUUUUUCAAUGUUUUAAUGACACUAUACUGGAUGCCUGGAACGCUCGGCUGUACACAAAGAGCAUUUUCAUAUGACGAAUACAAAAUCGCAUUGGCUGUCCAAAAAAACCGUCGGUCAGUGAGACGCAUUCCACCAUUUUUAAUUAGGACUAAUCAAGUAAUUAUCUAUUAAUUAACGCUAAUGAACUUAUUAACUAUCAUUUCUCCUGACAGAUGUAACCAAUCUUCAGUUCAAACGGCCAGUGAACUUCAACUACAAGUCAGGUCAAUGGGUGCGUAUCGCUUGCCUGGACCUAGGGGGCUCUGAGUACCAUCCCUUCACGCUGACCUCAGCCCCUCACGAGGAGAACCUUAGCUUACAUAUCCGCGCUGUGGGUCCGUGGACGAUCAACUUGAGAAGUACUUAUAACAAAGACAACCUACAGGAUCGACCAUUUCCAAAGGUAAGGAAGAGUAUUUUAUUGUAACGUUGGUGUCAGGCUGUGCUCUAGGGAGAACCGUUUAGAACUAACGGAACUAUUCAAAAUAAUAAGCAAUAGUAUAGGUUUAUGCUUGUGUGGUGUUACUCUGAGUGUAUAUCCACACCGGGCAGGCUUGAAAAAUAUGCCUGGCCACGGUGGGAAUCGAACCUACGACCUUUGGACUGGUAUCCAAAGGUCGUAGGUUCGAUUCCCACCGUGGCCAGGCAUAUUUUUCAAGCCUGCCCGGUGUGGAUAUACACUCAGAGUAACAUCACACAAGCAUCUUAUUCACCUGAGUACAUUACACCAACGUAGCAAAUAUCAGUAUAGGUUUAGUUUGCUUUAGAUUUGAGUUUAUCGAGUGUCUCACUCUUUGGUGAUCGAAUUUCCCAACAGGCUAUCGCCCAAUUGGGGAUCCGAGGUACCUACGAUUUAACGCCCUUAUCCGAGAAGACGCGAAAGUCUAACCAUUUACUGAUGUCAAUAUAAAGAUAGCCCUUUCUCCUCAGUUAUUUUAAGAACUUGAGUAGAGGUCCGACCACGGAUUGAACCCGGGUCGACUCCUAGCUUCAAAGGCAAGCGUGUUGACCACGACACCACAUGUGCUGGUUUCUUAGCAAGCGAAUUAUCUGUUCAAGAUUCUUAGCUGUACGUCACUGGUAUUCCAAUGAUUAUUGCUGUGUACUUGAUCUGCUACAAACAUCAGACUCAACCUGUACAUAAUCUGUAAGCACACCUCUCUGAAAGGUAUUCAUUCGUUAACUUGCAUGAAACUAGCAGCUGGAACAAGCGCAACACAUGCAGAAUCAGCGUGUGAAGAGGCAUACAAAUACAAUCAUAAUCGCACGUCUCUUUCUCUACUGGCCAUACCACCAAGAACGUUCACGGAUAGCGAGAAUUCAUACGUGAUAUUUGGUGGCAAACAAACAAGUACCAGACCUUAAAAGACAAGUCACCUUAAAUCGGUGACUUUGGGCGAUUUAAGGCGUUGGAAGAAUAUCUAACCACAAUAAAAACCCAUGUCAAAGACGACUCUACACAAAACUCCGGAUAAGUAAUCACAAAUUACUAAUUGAAUAUGGUCGAUACCAACAAAUACCGAAAGAAGAAAGAAUAUGCAGACAUUGCAAUCUGAACUCCAUCGAAAAUGAAUUUCACUUUGCUUUUGAAUGUCAAAAAUAUCAAAAUAUAAGAAACAACUCCAAUAAUAUACUACAAACUUUCUUUCAAAUGAAUCUACCUAAAGAUUCAAGAGAAGAUUUGUUGACACAUAUAAUUUCAAACACAGACCCAGCAUUAACAAAUCUAUUUUCAAAUUUUAUUGCAAAAUGUUUUAAAGUCAGUGACAAAUGCCUUAAGAUACAAAGCCCAUAGCAUGUGGUGUUACUCAAUUAUCUAUUCACGAAAACAAUCUAUUAGGUAUAUGAACUACUCCGUAGUCACAAUUUGUUUAUGUUAUUGUUACUCUUAUAAUCUUUACUAUGUAAUGUACUUUAGCAAUACCUGUAAUUAGUUAAGGUCAUGCUAAUAAAGUUCUUAAUAAUAAUAAUAAUAAUAAAUAACGCGAUUUUUGGUCCUGGAGUAGAACUUCCAGUCACCAAUUAUUACAUCGUACCCGAUCUUAUAACUUUAAGCUAACUGCAUGGAGUGGUAUACUCAUUCACGUUUUUCCUCUCAGUUAUAUUUAGAUGGACCAUUUGGUGAAGGCCAUCAAGAUUGGUAUCGUUAUGAAGUGUCAGUGUUGGUAGGAGGAGGAAUUGGAGUCACUCCUUUUGCUUCAAUUUUGAAAGAUAUUGCUCAUAAGGGAACAUUGAAGUCCACAUUUGCCUGCAAACAGGUGGGGGUUACUAGCAUGCCUCACAUUUGAUAUUAGCUGAUUC